CUGGGCUCCGUCCGCAGCGCAGAGCCGGACGUGGGCACGGGCGAGGCGGCGGCGCGGCGCUACUGGCGGCAGCUGCUGGCCGGCCUGCGCUACCUGCACUCGCGCGGCGUCGCGCACCGCGACAUCAAGCCCGAGAACCUGCUGCUCGACACGCGAGACCGCAUCAAGAUAUCGGACUUCGGCAUGGCUACACUUUUUAGGGCUGGCGGUCGCGAGCGACUGCUGUCGCGUGUGUGCGGCACGCUGCCGUACGCCGCGCCCGAAGUGCUGACGGCCGCGCAGCGCCCGUACCGCGCGCCGCCCGCCGACGUCUGGUCCGCCGCCGUCGUGCUGUUCGCCAUGCUGGCCGGCGAACUGCCGUGGGAGCGCGCCAGCGAUAGUGACGGUCGUUACGCGGCGUGGUGCAGGGAGGGCGGUGCGGGUGCGGGUGCGGGUGCGGGGGGCGCGUGGCGCAAGCUGGGCGCGGGCGCGCGCGCGCUGCUGGCGGGCGCGCUGGCGCCGGCGGCGCGGCGCGCGCGCGUGGCGCAGCUGCUGCACGCCGCCUGGACCUGCGCGCCGCCGCACCCACCCCACCAGCCCCACCAGCCCGCCGCCUCACCUCCAGGUCAGAGGAGCGCGAAGAGGGAGUGGUGCUCGCAGCCGGUGGGGCGUGAGUGCGGCGAGUGGGGGGAGGGGGGUGGGGGUGCGGGGGCGCCCGGCGAGGCGGACCUGCGCGCGUUGCUCAGCUUCUCGCAGCCCGCGCAGCCCGACGAGCUGCUGCUCGGCUCGCAGCAGGACCAGUUGUCGCAGUGUGCGCAUCAGGGCGUGCUGCAGCGGUUGGUGCGGCGGCUGACGCGCGUGUGGGUGCGCUGCGACGAGGCGCAGGCGCUCGCCGCGCUCACCGACGCGCUGGCGCAGCGACGCUACCUCUGGCGGUACCUGCACCCGCACAUGCUGGCGGUGGAGUGCGGCGACGAGCUGCGCAUGCGCGUGUGGGCGGUGCGCGCGUCGCCCGCGGGCUCGGGGGGCGCGGGGGGUGCCGGUGUGGGGGGCGCGGGGGCCGCUGGGGGCGCCGCGCCGCGCGUCGUGCUCGAGUUCCGGCGCUCGCGCGGCUGCGGGCUGCAGUUCAAGCGGCGCUUCGUCGAGCUGCGCGCCGCGCUGCAGCCGCUCGCCGCGCCGCCGCCGCCUUCGCCGCACGCGCCGCUCGACGCGCCGUUAGACGCGCCUCUCGACGCGCCGCUCGACACACCGCUCGACACACCGCUCGACACACCGCACGAGCCCAUGGACGAAACGUGA